AUGUGGAAUGUUGCCGCAGGAAAACCAUUCACAUUACAGAAACUGACUCAAUUUCGAAUUCUAUCAAUUACCACUUUAUCAGGAAGACUCCCGAAACUAACCCAGUGCAGUACUAAAAACUUGAUAGUUAACAAAUACAACCUUCAAACAUUACAUCAAAGAGCAAUAGCUGGUCGGUCAUCUUCUUCAUCAACUCCGCCAUCGCGUUCGCGGGAUUCGAUAUACUCACAAACAAAUACAUCAUUCCAAUACUCUGGCUCGAGAACAGGACGAACCUCAUCAUGUGACCCAUCUGGAAGCUCACUGCAUUCGCUGUCCAUGUCUUCGAAAAACUUGAAAGGAAAAAACUCUGGAACAACGUCUCUCUUCGUGGACGCCUCUUCACUCGAAUAUGUUGGAUCAAGUAGCCGCGCAACUACUCGGGAGUCUCACGAUUCAAAAAGUGGGCAUGGAAGCAUAACCGAAAGCUACUCCGAUGAUUCCAGUGGUGAUUCCGGAUACAGCAGUCGACCACACCCUUAUCGACGAAGUCGAUGGGACAAUUUUUAUGAUGGAAGAAACUCGUACGCAGAAUUUGAAUCAGCAGAAUCUCCUAAAGCUAGAGUGAAAAUUGCAAGAACAGUUUCGGUAGAACAUCGAGGUAAUCCAAGUCUUUUAAAUUAUGAGAAAGAAUUUACGGAACUCAAGCGCGAUAAAUCUCCUUGUAAAGAAUGGAAUAAACGUUUCCCAGAAGGAACGAUAGUGGUAUACACAGACGGAUCGUGCAUCGACAACAGAGCAUCUGGGUUCGGUGUGUAUUUCGGACCCGACCACGAACUAAAUAGGUCGGAACGUAUCAUUGGCCCAAUACAUAAUAGUGGCCUAGCCGAAAUUUUGGGCGCACAGACAGCAUUAAGAUCAUUGCGGAACUGGCGAGGAUACAAGAAUGAGUCUGUCAUCCUGCGAACAGACUUCCUUCCGCUGGUGCAAGCAAUGAACGAAAGUGUCAACGAUGGAAGGUUCGGGAACGAAAUAGAGGAAGUACGUAGUUUGGCAGAGAGCUUCCCUCGGGGAGUGCAAUUCGAACAUGUCUAUGCGCACGAUGGCGACCCUGGUAACGAGCAGGCAGAUACAUUGGCUCGGAUCGCGACAGCGGAUGCUAGACGUGCGUGUUCUGCAAGUGCUUCAAGAUGGCGUUAUGUUCCAGGAGCGGGAGGAAGAGAAAGGUCGAGAAGUAGGAACCUGAGGUUUCGUUCACGUAAUAGAUCACGUAGCGCAAGUUGGGACAGAAACCGAGCUCGAUCUCGCCAUAACAACCGGGAUCACAUUAGAAGCCAUAGUGCAUUUGUUGCUGGGAGACGACGCUGA